UCACUGAUAACAACAUGGACGCCAAAAUUCUACCGAAUGAUUAAAAGUGUGCAAAAGGCAGUUUCUUUUCCAUUGAAACCGUUUAAACACAAUGCAAAAGCCGACUUCGAUUGGAUAUGCUUUAGAGGGUGAUAGACAAGCCGAUUAUUCCGCAAACGCAUCGUCAAGUGACGACAGUAUAAGCACUCAUGUUGGAAGCUCAGCCGGACGAAAUGAAGAGCUCUACGCUGAUUUGCCUAAUAAAAGCACUGGAACUCUAAAACCACCAGCCAAACCAAAGAGAAGAGCUGUAAAAGCUCCAGAACUCCCUAUUUAUGAAAGACGGAACUGGUUAAUACAUUUACACUAUGUACGCAAAGAUAUCGAGAAAUGUAAAUUUUUUAUUGAUGAACAACUAAAGGAAAGUCAAGGAAUGUGUGAAUAUGCAUUGUAUAUACAAGCUCUUCUUCUGCGGGAAGAAGGAAAAAUUGAAGAAUCGUUGGAGCUGUUUCAAAGAACAGUACAGAUUAAUCCUCACAACAUAGACAACUUGAAACAAGUUGCACGAUCAUUGUUUUUGCUAGCACGACAUAAAGCAGCAUUGGAAGUAUACCUUGAAGCUUCAAAAUUAAAUGCCGAAGACUGGGAAAUUUUCCAUAAUCAAGGUGUCUGUUACAUGUAUCUUAAAGAUUAUGAAAAUGCCAUGACUUCGCUAAAGGGAGCCCUUCAAAUUAGCCGCCAUGACACAUCUUACGUACAAUUAGCGAAAGUUCAUCUCUUGUUAAACGACGUGAACUCUGCCAUUGAAGUUUAUAAACAAGCAGUGGAUCAUUCACCUGAAAAACCUGACUUAAUGACGACACUUGGACUGCUGUAUCUCGAGGUUGGACAAACGCAAAAAGCAUUUGAACACCUUGGUAAUGCGUUGACCUAUGAUCCUACUUUCUCUAAGGCAAUUCUCGCAGCUGGCUCAAUCAUUCAGACACACGGUGAUUACGAUGUUGCUAUCACCAAGUAUCGGGUAGCAGCCGCUGCUACACCCGAGUCUGCACAACUGUGGAACAAUAUUGGGAUGUGCUUCUUUGGAAAGAAAAAACACAUUGCUGCAAUCAGUUGCUUAAAAAGAGCCGCUUACUUGGCUCCAUUUGAAUGGAAAAUCUUCUACAAUCUUGGCUUGAUUCAUAUCACCAUACAUCAAUUUGCUUCAGCCUUUCAUUUUAUAAGCGGAGCGUUGUCUCUCCAACCGAGAAACGGUGAACUGUUUAUGUUACUAGCAGUGGCUUUGACGCACUUGGAUGAUUCAGAGAACGCAAAAAAAGCGUACGAGCAAGCCAUACUUUUUGACAAAGAAGAUCCCGCCAUUUGCCUUAACUACUGUGUGUUGUUGUAUAAAAUAAAAGAGAGACGAAAUGCGGCGAAACAGUUUGCGAGCUACGAGAGGAGACUGGACGCCAUGAAACGAGAAGGAAAAGGGAACCGUAUUGAUACAAAGAUAUUCGAAACGGCAGCUAAACUCGCGCCACUCCUUCAAGUUGGAGAGCAAUUCGUUUACAAACAAUCGCCAUCUAAUACGUCACUCUGUGAAGGUUCCGGGGGGGAGUAUCCGAUAUCAGAAAACAGUAGUAAUAGUUCCUUCGUUUGACGAACAGUAAAACAACAGUUGACGAUGGAGUAAAGAAAGUUUUGUUCGUUUGUGUUGGAUGCCAAUGAAACAUCACCUUAGUUAGCAUAUGUUUACAUAAAAUGUUAUUUUACUUUCAGUUUUUUUUGUUCCCGCCAAUGAAACAUCACCUUAGUUAGCAUGUGUUUACUAUAAAUGUUAUUUUACUUUCAGUUUUUUCAUUUCUGCAUUAAAAAUUACAUGCUUCAUCAUCACUACAA